AUGAAAGGGCCUGGACGUGCAGCACCGGCUCAGGCUGAGAGGCUCGACAAAGCGUCCGGAAAGGCGGGGGCGCUCUCGAUCUCGACGCCCUGCCAAUCAGUCGGAAUCCUAGGCGUUCUCGUUUUGCAGAAUUCCACAAGCAGGAUCAGUUCGGAUCGCUUCGGAUCCAACAAGAUGUCGGCCGCUUCGUCCUCUAGCAGCCAGGAUGCUGGCAACGGCGGCAACUCCGACAAGUCGAGUGUCAUUCUCAAGGUCGGCAUGGUCGGCGACUCACAAAUUGGCAAAACAAGUCUGAUGGUUCGCUACGUCGAAGGCAGCUUCAACGAAGAUUACAUUCAGACGCUCGGCGUCAACUUUAUGGAAAAGACCAUCUCGAUCCGUAAUACCGAGAUCACCUUCUCCAUCUGGGAUCUUGGCGGACAGCGCGAGUUCGUCAACAUGCUUCCGCUCGUAUGCAACGACGCAGUGGCCAUCCUGUUCAUGUUUGACCUUACACGCAAGUCCACUCUCAACUCGAUCAAAGAGUGGUACCGACAGGCGCGUGGCUUCAACAAGACCGCCAUCCCCUUUCUCGUUGGUACCAAAUACGACCACUACGCCACGCUUCCGCGCGAGGAGCAAGACGAGAUCACAAAGCAGGCCAGGCGCUUCUCCAAAGCCAUGAAGGCUCCUCUCAUCUUCUGCUCCACCAGCCACGCCAUCAACGUCCAAAAGAUCUUCAAGGUCCUCCUCGCCAAAGCUUUCGAUCUCAAGUGCACCAUCCCCGAGAUCAAAGGAACAGGCGAGCCUCUCCUCAUCUAUCUCGACGUCUAG